GACAAGCUUGUCGGGCACUUCUUGGAGGAGACAUGCGUGAACCCGACGUUCAUCAUCAACCAUCCGGAGAUCAUGAGCCCGCUGGCCAAGUCCCACAGGGACGAGGCCCGGCCUGGACUGACCGAAAGGUUUGAGCUGUUCAUCAACAAGCAUGAGGUGUGCAAUGCCUACACGGAGCUGAACGACCCCGUCGUGCAGAGGCAGCGGUUUGAGGAGCAGCUGAGGAAUCGUCAGGACGGUGACGAUGAAGCAAUGUCCAUGGACGAAACGUUCUGCACUGCCCUUGAGUAUGGCCUGCCGCCGACCGGAGGCUGGGGUCUGGGGAUUGAUCGCCUCACCAUGUUGUUGACGGAUUCCCAAAACAUAAAGGAGGUCCUCCUGUUCCCGGCCAUGAAGCCUCAAGACAGCUAGCUGUUUGAAAACAUGAAAUUCUUUUCCUAUGAAAGAAACAAAAUGGAAUUUAAGUUAUGGACAGUAAUU